GCUGUUCAUGGGAAAGGGUCAGUUUUGAUGAAUUUCCCAGCAGGACAAAAAUGCUGAAAAAACCUUUUGAAUCGGCAAGUUUCAUUUUUUUCGUUUGGAAGCAACUUUUUGGUCUAGAAAUGUAACUUAAUUGAUACUAAAAUAAAAGUAAAAAGGUCAAAAUUGAAGCAAAAUGUCUCUGAAGUAAGAGAACGUUUCCACCGAGCCAAACCGCAUGUUUCUGUUCGGUUUGUCUGCUCGCGAAAGUGUUGGAGAUUUUGCCCUUUUGUCUCGAUUCUGUAUGAGAAACGUUUUCCAGAUCUCAAAAAUUCUCCCAGGGCCUGAAAACCAUCCCUGCCCGGCCCUAUUGUAAAGACGACUACGUAGCCCUUCUGUGGCACUUCUCAGGAGCGCUCCGAACUCAAAGGCACAGCUGUUACGACUGGGUCGUGGGCAGUCUGACCUAGUAGUCGGCGCCAGCGUCUGCGGUCACUAGUUGGGAAGCAGGGUCAGGAGACCAGAGGGGCAGGGCAGGAGACAAACUGGAGGUCGGGAACUACAAGCCAGGCACCAGGAGCUGAGCUGGGUCGGGAUGCCAGGCAAGGGGAGGGUUGGAACGUGGCUGCAUCUGUGAACCUUGUGGGCCCAGGUUCGAGACCCUGGUGCAGGGGACUUGCAUCUGAGCUGCAGAGCCGUUUGCAGCUGGCUUGGCCUGCACCCAAGGUUAGAAGCUGUUACCAGCGGAUGGCGCGGUCAGUGGGUUUUCUGGGUCUCUGGUUCUAGCGGCUCACGAGUCAUUAAGUCUCCAGGUUGCUCUGGUCCUGGCAGAGUGUGGGAGAGAAGCUGGCCUGGCUGUUGGGACUUCGUUCUCCAGUGGUUUUUAACUUUGGGAUGGUUGUUUGAGUCCAAACCCUAUUGUUUGUUAUUACUGUAGCACUGGGAGCCCACGUCGUGGAUCAGGGCCCCGCUGUGCCAGGCGCUGCACGAACGCAGAGCAAAAAAACCUGUUCAUGCUCCUCUUAUCCAUUUACACGUUCUGGACCUGCACGGGUUGAAACCAACGGGCUCCGUGUGCAUAUUUCUGGGCAAAAUUUCUAGUCGAUCGUAACCUCUUUGGAGCAGGGGCUGCAUGUGUACAGCUCCAAGCACGCCAGGGGCCUGCUCCAGGUACUGCGGUUACAUCAAGAGCAUCUACGGAGACAACGCUGCCGCCGCCUACUUCGUCCUGUCCCACAGAGGAAGAGUGAGGUUUCAAGGCCAGGAGACCUGGUUCUGUGUGGACCAGCGCGGGAAUUUCAGCUACGAUUUCGUAGAGCUCCAAGACGUGCCUGUGGUGGCCAUCGACCUCGCGGGCUCCGUGUUGAACUACGACGGGCUGGAUAACCUAGUGAAGCUGACGGCGCUGAAAUCCCUGGACCUGAGCCGCUGCCCCCACGUUGACGACUGGACCCUAACCCGGCUGCAGGUCUUCAAGGACAGCCUGGAGGAGCUCUCGCUGGCUGGGUGCCCCCAGGUCACGGAGCGGGGGCUGGCUUGUCUCCACCUACUCGAGAACCUGCGGCGCCUCGACCUCUCGCACCUGCCCUCAGUGCCCACCCCAGGGCUGAUCCGGAUCUUGGUGGAGGAGAUGCUGCCCCGGUGCGAGGUGGUGGGGCUGGCCCCGGCUGCUGGCGCCCAGACAAGCAGUGACGGAAGGGAGGAGCCCGGCGUCCCCAGCGGGGACAGGAGAGCUGGGGAGAUCCCUGCCUGAUGCCUGGCUGCCCUGACGCUGAUCGACGAGGGCGGGAAGAGAUGGCCGCAAGCCGCGCUCCCCUCAGCACCCUCCGAUCACGGACCGCGAAGGACCCCAGCGUCGCCGUAGACUUGUGGGUGUGGCUGGGUGGUCCGUGCCCCCCUGCUUUGGUCUCCCAUAGGACAGGGCUUGCAAUCGGCAGAACCGCGCUGUGGUCAUUAAAGGCCUCUCCCUGC